UCCUGAUGACAAAGCCGGAAGUUUUUAAAGUCCACUUCCGGUGAUGAGUGGGACGUUUGGCAGCUUCUCGCUAGCUGGUAGUAAUUUAAAAAACGUGUAUGAUUUUCGGUUUAGUCCAUCAGAGAAUCGAUUCCAAUGGAUUUAUUAGUGAAUCUUCAGGUUUAUUUUAGUAGUUUAGUGCGAUGUUUUAGCGGAUGAUGAUGAUGGUGAUGGUGAUGGUGAUGAUGCUAGCUGAUCUCUCAGGGAAGAAGAAGAAGCAUGUGCGGUUUGCCAGAAUGAAUGAAGAGGAAGAGGAUGAUAACCCAGAGCAGGAGGAGGAAGAGGAAGACACGCUGUUCGACAAGAGGAAGGAUGUGAAGGCCGGGCUGAAGAGCGCCCUGAAGCGGGGGAAAAAGCUUGUGCACUCGGCCGCGGGGGAGAAGGUGGAGAUUAAACGUGGCGGAGGAGCGUGCGGCCGCUGGAUGAUCACCCUCACACUCUGCUCUUCGUUUCUGGGCCUGGGAAUGUGUAUCUCUGUGUUGUUGGGUUUUAUAGGGAAUGUGUAUCUCUGUGGAACGUGUAUCUCUGUGUUGGGUUUUAUAGAGAACGUGUAUCUCUGUGUUGGGUUUUAUAGAGAACGUGUAUCUCUGUGUUGGGUUUUAUAG